GUUUAUUUGGUGCCAGACGUUUCGCAAAAAAAGGCUGGACCGGAACUGGAUGAAAUCGUAAGACGACACAAGUCUAAUGUACAGUCAUAAUUAUGUGGAUACAGCUGUUAAUAUUCUUAAUGGUGAACUUGCUGUCUUCCUAUCUUGAAAGCGAGUGCCAUCUACAACAAAACCAACAAGCAGCACAGCCAACAAGAACGAGCUUCAUCCAGAAGCAACAGAGUAAAGACCACAUAAGAUAUCAGCGGGUCCUCACUCAUGAGAGUGUGUUCAUUUGUGACAUUUGUGGCAGAGGCUUCUCACUGAAAGGCACCCUAUCAAUGCAUCAGCUGAUCGACACAAAAGCGAAACAUUUGUGAUGUUCUGAUCCAGUGCUGCUUGCGGAAAUGUCACCGUCAACAUCAGAGAGUCCACACUAAUGACAAUUUCCAUUUGUGGAAAAGGCGUCUCUGGAAGUUACAACCUAUGAAAACAUAUGAUGGUCCACACUAACGAGACACCAUUUGUUUGUGACAUUUGCAGCAAAUGCUUCUUAGGGCACAGUAAAGUUCGACAACAUCAGACCCUGAUCCACACUAAUGAGAUAUCAUUUGUUUGUGACAUUUUCGGUGAAGGUUUCUUGCUUAACGGCCACCUACAAAAAAAAAAAAUAGGAAGAUCCAUUGUGACAAAUGCUUCUCCUGGAAAUGUCGCCUUCAAUAUCAUUGUUUCUCAUGUAAAAGCCACCUAAAAAACACAACAAAAUAUCAAUGAACGCCCAUUUGUAUGUGACAUUUGCGGGAAAGAAUUCUCAAGAGAAAAGCACCUUCAAUAACACCACAGGGUCCACACUAAGAGAAACCAUUUGUGUGUGACAUUUGUGGCAAAUGCUUCGCCUGGAAAUGUAACCUUCAAGUGCAUUUUUUCACAACAAUUGUGGCUAAGACUUCUCUCAAGAGUAGCACCCUAAAAAUGCAUCAUAUGGUCCACACUAAUGAGAAACGAUUUGUUUGUGACACUUGCGGCAAAGGCUUCUCUCACAGUAGCCACCAAAAAAUACAUCAGAGGGUCCACACCAAUGAAAAACCAUUUGUUUGUGACAUUUGUGGCAAAGGCUUCUCGUUAAACGGCAACCUACAAAUACAUCAAAGGGUCCACACUAAUGAAAAACCAUUUGUUUGUGACACUUGCGGCAAAGGCUUCUCUCACAGUAGCAACCUAAAAUUACAUCAGAGGGUCCACACCAAUGAAAAACCAUUUGUUUGUGACAUUUGUGGCAAAGCCUUCUCUCAAAAAAGCAGCCUAAAUACACACCAAAGGGUCCACACUAAUGAAAAACCAUUUGUUUGUGACACUUGUGGCAAAGGCUUCUCUCACAGUAGCUACCUAAAAUUACAUCAGGGGGUCCACACCAAUGAAAAACCAUUUGUUUGUGACAUUUGUGGCAAAGGCUUCUCUCGAAGAAGCAGCCUAAAAAAACACCAAAGGUUCAACACUAAUGAAAAACCAUUUGUUUGUGACACUUGCGGCAUAGGCUUCUCUCACAGUAGCAACCUAAAAGUACAUCAGAGGGUCCACACCAAUGAAAAACCAUUUGUUUGUGACAUUUGUGGCAAAGCCUUCUCUCGAAGAAGCAGCCUAAAAAUACAUCAGAGAGUACACACUAAUGAAAAACCAUUUGUUUGUGACACAUGUGGCAAAGGCUUCUCUCAGAGUCACAGCCUAAAAAUACACCAAAGGGUCCACACUAAUGAAAAACCAUUUGUUUGUGACACUUGCGGCAAAGGCUUCUCUCACAGUAGCACCCUAACAUUUCAUCAAAGGGUCCACACCAAUGAAAAACCAUUUGUUUGUGACAUUUGUGGCAAAGCCUUCUCUCGAAGAAGCAGCCUAAAAUUACACCAGAGGGUCCACACUAAUGAAAAACCAUUUGUUUGCGACACUUGCGGCAUAGGCUUUUCGGAAAACAGGGUGCUGAAAGUACAUCAGAGGGUCCACACUAAUGAGAAACCAUUUGUUUGUGACACCUGUGGCACUGGCUUCUUGCUAAACAGCAACCUUAAAAUACAUCAGAGGGUCCACACUAAUGAGAAACCAUUUGUUUGUGACACUUGUGGCAAGUGCUUCUCGCGAAACCACAGCCUAAAAAUACAUGAGAGGGUCCACACUAACAAAAAACCAUUUGUUUUGACAUUUGCGGCAAUGUCUUCUCAUGGAAAUAUUGUCUUCGACAACACCAGAGGGUCCACACUAAUGAGAAACCAUUUAUUUGUGACACUUGCGGCAAAGGCUUCUCUCGCAGUUACACCCUAAAAUUACAUCAGAGGGUCCACACCAAUGAAAAAAAAUUGUUUGUGACAUUUGUGGCAGAGGCUUCUCUCAAACAAGCACCCUAAAAAUACAUCAGAGGGUCCACACUAAUAAAAACCAUUUGUUUGUGACACUUGUGGCAAAGGCUUCUCGCGAAACCACACUCUGAAAAUACAUCAGAGGGUCCACACUAAUGAAAAACCAU